CCGGCGCACCCACCCUGCAGAGUGUCCGUCCUGACGCGGGCUCAGCCCCGAUGGCUGGUGCUGGCCCACGGCCCCUGUGGAGAUGGGCAGGGGCAGCCGCAGGGCCAUCACCCCCAGCCACGAUCCCUCUUCUGCACUUUCCCUCUGGGAUAUCCCCGCUCGCCAGCUUUCCAAGGGGUUUCACAUCUUCCCAUCCCGCUCACUUUCCACGGAGUCCUGCCCUCUGCUCUGGGAGCACCGGGGUCAGUUUAAUGAGUUAAUGCUGGCACAGCAGUUCUGGAGGGGAUAAGUGCUGUGUAAGCACUGAGGCUCCCGCGCUGGGCUCCCAGCAGCUCGGUUCUGCUGCCCAGAGCACCGAUAACCGAUAACCACCUGGGCCACAAAGGGCCGGCUCAGACUGACCCCUCGGGGGACAGAGGGAACUCUUCGGAGGGACAGUGUCCUCGGAGAGAGGCGGCUCAAGUGGCUGAGGGGGUGGUGAGGGCAGGGGCAGCCCCUUGGCAUGGCUCGCCCAGGCAGGAUUUUUGGGAAGAAGCCCCAGGCUGAGGAUCGGCCCGUCCUCCCUGUGACAGGUGGGCUGGAGCAGGAUGGUGACAAGGGCGCUGCAGGGGACUCUCUGCCAGUGCCCCUCACAGUGCUGUGACCCCCAGGCUGCCGGGGAACGCCAGGCAGAGACAGAGCUGCCCGGGUGAUCGCAGGGGUCGGGGCAGCGGCUGUGGGGGCAGCACUGAGGGUCCACAGCCUCGGCGGCUUCUCUGCUCAGGCUCAUGUCAGACAUGUACACGAACCAGAGCGUGGCAGCACCCCCGGCCCGGGGCCACAGAGCCUGUGCUGGAGCUGGGGGAGCUCAGCACUGGCAGGGGGUUUAUAACCACAGAUCCUCCCGGCCCCCGUUUGCAUGCGUGCCCCUCGCAGGGGGGUGCUGGGCAGGCCCAGGGCUGUGGCUGGGUGUAUGGGACAUGCGAGGAGCGGUGUUUUUUGGGGGGAGAAAGGAGGCUGCGUGGCCAGCCUGGAGCCGGGCGACCGAGGGAGCCGCUGUCCUGCCGAUGCUGGCAGCGAGCCGGGCUCGGCGGGACACGGACCUGCAUCCUCCCCGUCCGUCUGUCCCGCUGUCUCCUCCCAGCUGUGGGCCAGCGAGGAGUGGCAACUGGGGGAUAUAUAAAGGCAGGAGAACUUCAGCCAGCUCAAAAGAAACUCCUGGAGCUGGUGGUGUUCUCCCCCUCUCCUGCCUUCACGUGAUUCAGCUUCCCCACGCCGGGGAGCCAAAGAAAUCCUCGCUGUGUGAGAUGGCUGCCGGCAGCUGCCUCCUCCUCCUCCUCCUGCCCUGGCUAGUCACAGCCUCGCACAGCCCCCCCGGCUGCAAGAUCCGGAUUACUUCCAAGGGGCUGGAUUUGGUGAAGCAGGAGGGGCUGCGCUUCGUGGAGCAGGAGCUGCAGAACAUCACUAUUUCAGACCUGCACGGGAAGGAGGGGCAGUUCCACUACAACAUCAGCCAGGUCAGGGUGACGGACCUGCAGCUGGCGUCUUCGGACCUGAACUUCCAGCCCCAGCAGCACCUCGCCUUCAAUAUCAACAACGCUUCCAUCAGCCUGCGCUUCCGCAGGCAGCUGCUCUACUGGUUCUUCUAUGACAUCGGGUCCAUCAAUGCCUCUGCGGAUGGUGUCCAAAUCCACACGGUGCUGCGGCUGGCCAAGGAUGAGGCUGGGCGCCCCAAGAUCUCCAACAUCACCUGCAAUGCCUCCAUUUCCAGAAUGCACGCCGGCUUCUCCGGCACACUCAGGAAGGUCUACGAGUUCCUGAGCACCUUCAUCAUCACGGGGAUGCGCUACCUCCUCAGCCAGCAGAUCUGCCCAUCCCUGGAGCAUGCCAGCCUGGUGCUGCUGAACUCCUUGCUGGACACAGUGCCCGUGAGGAACUAUGUGGAUGAGCACAUCGGGAUUGACUACUCCCUCCUGCGGGAUCCAUCUGUCUCCAGUGACACCCUUGACCUCGACUUCAAGGGCAUGUUCUUCCCACGGGUAAGAGAGGACCAGGAGCUGGAGAACCACGCAGUGGAGCCGGUGAUCAAGGAGACUGAACGCAUGGUCUACGUUGCCUUCUCCGAGUACUUCUUCGACUCAGCUAUGCUCUCGUACUUCCAGGCGGGAGUGCUGAACAUUGAGCUCCAGGGGGAGAAGGUGCCCAAGGACCUGGAGGUUUUGCUGAGAGCCACCUUCUUCGGGACCAUCUUCAUGCUGAGCCCCUCCGUGGAUGCUCCGCUACGGCUGGUGCUGCAGGUCUCAGCUCCCCCUCGCUGCACCAUCAAACCCUUGGGCACCUCCGUCUCCGUCUCUGCCUUCCUGAACAUCUCACUGGUGCCCCCGGACCGCCCGCCCGUCCAGCUCUCCAGCAUGACUGUGGAAACCAAGCUGAGUGCCAAGGUGUUUCUGCAAGGGAAGGCGCUGCGUGUGCAGCUGGACCUGCGACGGUUUCGCAUCUACUCCAAGCAGUCAGCGCUGGAGUCACUGGCGCUGUUCUCCCUGCAGGCCCCACUGAAGACCCUCCUGCAGUUGACCAUCAUGCCAAUCCUUAAUGAGAGGACAAAGAAGGGAGUGCAGAUUCCCCUGCCUGAAGGCAUGGACUUCACCAGGGAGGUGGUCACCAACCACGCGGGAUUCCUCACAGUGGGAGCUGAUCUCCACUUCUCCAAGGGGCUGCGGGAGGUGAUUGAUAAAUACCGCCCCGUGCCCACCGCCGCUGCCUACCCCAGCUCCCAGCCCGCAGAGCCCAGCCUGGACCCCGGCUUGCUCUAGCUCUUCUCCCUGGACUGAGGGCAGAUCCUGGGCUGGACCCGUAGACUGUAGGUAGGAAGCAGCUUCCCUGGUACCACUGGCACAUCCUCAGGGUGCCCAUGCCCUGGUGGGACGCAGCAAGGUGGAGAGGGAUGCUCUGGGAAACCCUGCUGCACCCAUUCUCAUUACACUAAUAAACCACCUGCCUCCAAAUGCA